ACAAAAAAAUAACCAAACUGUCUAACGUUAGCAGUUUGUUUUUUUCAUGUUAAAAAAGGCCCUACACUUUUGACAGUACCGGAAGGCAGCGUCACUUCUCUUGCAGAUGAAGUUGUUGCCCCUGUAGCAACGUUAACGUCACAUGUCAACGGAGACAGCUGAUGAUUAUACGCCUUUACGACUUUAAGUGAGCGGAAAACAAUUUCAAGGAAUGAUUCCAGAGUUGUCCAACCCCUCAGUGUGUAUGAGGGACCCUCAGAGAGUACAGGAGAUCCUACAGUCCAUGGUGAAGGCUGGCUCCAACACCGUGCAGGUGAUCUCAGAUUUUGACAUGACCCUGACAAGAUUUGCAUACAAUGGCAAAAGGUGCCCUACGUGUCACAAUAUCCUUGACAACAGCAAACUUCUGUCCAAUGACUGCAAAACGGAGCUGAAGAAACUGCUCAACACAUACUACCCUAUAGAGAUUGACUCUUCACGGUCAAUAGAAGAAAAGCUGCCCCUCAUGGUGGAGUGGUGGACUAAAGCUCAUGAACUGCUGGUAAAGCAGAAUAUUCGGAAAGACUUGCUGGCCAUGGUGGUGCAGGAGUCUGAUGCCAUGCUGAGGGAGGGCUACAAGCUCCUCUUCGACCACCUGUAUGAGCACAGCAUCCCUCUGCUCAUCUUCUCUGCUGGAAUAGGAGACAUUCUGGAAGAGGUUAUUCGCCAAGCUGGAGUCUUCCACCCCAAUGUAAAAGUCUUCUCCAACUACAUGGAUUUUGAUGAGUCUGGAGUGAUGAGGGCUUUUAAGGGAGAACUGAUCCACAUCUACAAUAAAAGGGAAGGUGCACUGCUCAACACUGGCCAUUUCCAGGAGCUGCGGACGCGGCCUAACGUGCUACUGCUGGGAGACUCUCUGGGAGAUCUGACCAUGGCUGACGGGGUGCAGGAUAUGGAAAACAUUCUCAAAAUUGGGUACCUCAAUGACAAGGUGGAGGAGAGAAAGCAGUCUUACUUGGACUCAUAUGACAUUGUGUUGUUAAAAGAUGAGACCUUGGAUGUCCCUAAUGCUAUAAUGCUCUACCUUACUGGCAACAAUUGAACCGAGAGUAACGCCGCUGGCCAUAUGGUAUUAAACACCCCAGUGCCAUCAGGUGAGGAGGCCCUUGCUCAGAAAGUGCCAGUUGAAUGCAUAUUUACAACCAACUAAGAAUGUUUGAUGAUUAUUUAUUAUUUUACAAAACUAUUCACAGGUCCAGUUGACAGCUGCAGUUCACAUACACAACGUCACCCUUUUAUAUUUUUGUUCAUUGGCUUUCUUCUCAUGUUUAUGGUUAAACUGCUUUUGGCCCAUGCUGUAUGUGAUGAAAGCCAUAUUUGCAAUGUCUACCUACUGUGCAGCAUGUGUGUGUGGGGAUAUGGGUGUUUUCUUCAUUUGUUUAUUUGGGGAAGAGAUAAUAUAAGAUUUGUCUUUACAUAGGAUGUAAUGAUAAAGGGAAAGAAGAACGCAAAACAUAAGUGGCUGUACUUUACCUGGUAUCUGGUUUGAAACUGAUUUCCAGCCUCCUACAAUAAAGCGCCUUUCCUACUAAUUUUAACCUUAAAACUGUUUUAAAAUGUUUAAUGUUUUCUUUCUUUGUCAAGUCUUCCAAGUUUUUGGCCAUAUUGUCAAGCUUACAGUACAGGUUGUAUUUGUAUGAAAACUAUGGUUUUUGUAGUGAAACACCACUGUAAUAGGUGGUGUACUAUGACACCUACACCUGUGUUUAAGAGGAAAAUAAAUGGGUGAACAAAAAUUAAAAAAA